AUGGCGUCCUUUGAAAGCUUCUUGAAAAGCACAGUUGUGUGUAGGAUAGAAGAUAGAGGAGGGGAGCUGAAGGACUCUUCAGUGAGCUGCCCCCAGCCCCCGGACGCGGCGCAGGAGGCCCCGCACCGCACCCGGGGCCGCCCCCUCGGGUGUAAGCGGGCCCCGGUGCUCUGCGCGCACAGCCCCACCGUGCGAGUCGCCGUCGGUUUCCCAAACAAAAGAAAUCCGGCAGCGCAUACGGAGACUGGUUUCCCAAGUCACACGUUCUGCGCUUAUCUUCCAUUCCACCUUAGGAAAGGAAGCAAUUUAAGAGCAUCUGCAGCAUUUGAGCUUCGUCUGCAGAUUCAAGCUGUUACACUGGAUAAACCAAUCUACGUUCCAUUCCUCAUUGUUGGAUCAAUAUUUAUUGCCUUCAUUAUCGUGGGCUCGCUGGUAGCAGUUUAUUGUUGCACAUGUUUAAGACCUAAACAACCAUCCCAGCCAAUACGGUUUUCUCUGCGGAGCUAUCAGACCGAGACUCUUCCCAUGAUCCUGGCCUCCACAAGCUUCAGGACGCCAUCCAGGCAGUCCAGUACCGCCACAAGCUCCAGCUCGACCGGCAGCUCGGUUCGCAGGUUCUCCUUCCCCCGGGCGGAGCCAGGCUGCCUUGUGGCAUCCUCACCUCCACCCUACACGUCUGGCUGCUUCCAGACAGCCCAUGCCGUCCACCUGACCCAGCCUUCAGGAUUUCUGGUGUCUCCGCCCUACUUUGGGUAUCCUCUCCAGCCAGAGCCUGCCCUGGCUGGGAAGAGCUGCUCUGAUUUUACUCAGAGCUGAAAGAAGCUGUGGAGAAGUAAAGCAGCCUUUGCAACCACAGGGGCUGCUGCUGUUGGGUGCCACACUGAUGUGCUCUGUGGCUGCAGAAUUCAGAACUGUUCCUGUGGGUGAGUUGCCCUUGAAAAGUGAGAAGUCUCACUUGAGAUUGCAUUUCCCAAACUUGGAUCACACUUAAAAAGGAAUUGUAAAACCCUCCAAACAGUUGCUCUAAAACUGGACUGUUCUGCCUAAUUUGUGUGUUCAGAGACAAGUAAAAUAACUGUGUUGGGACAAAGGUACUCAGUGUUACAAAUGGCAUUUUACCCUAAUGCAGUUAACUUAGUUAACAAACAGUGGCUGCAUUCCACUGAUAAUAACCAGACUAAUUCUAUAAAGCAGCAAUAAGUCUGAGAAGUAAGAGAGGAGUAAUACUAAAGAGGAUCCUUGAAAACAUCUGACUGCUUACCACUUCCAUGAGCAAUGAAAGUAAGAAUUUUAUUAGAUAUCAAAAUGCGGAGGUUUUUUAAAACUACACAUAAUCUACCUGAAUUUACUCUGCAUAUUUGUAUUAGUAAACUUUAAUGAUGGUAGAUAAAACUAGUACUAAUUAGGCUAGUUGAAGAUCAGACAGUCCCACAUAACCAAAUUAUCUGUGAGGAAAGCAGAAUGUAUUCAGCAGUAUCACCAAUAACUUCUCCAUAUAAAUAGCAUUCUACUAAAGCAUUCUUCAGAAGGAAGUAUUUAUUGUCAGCUUUUUGCUCAGCAAGUGUAAGUUGGACAAACUGAUCAUGAAGUUCUGUUUGUAAAAUUAGCCAUGUAUAAAAUGUAAAGACAAGUUUGUAAUUUAAAAUGUAUUUACACCAUUGACAUCACUAAUUAUUUAGUAGUAACAUGCAAAAAAAUUACCAAUAAACUGUGUGGUUGAAAUGUUUGUCAGCAGUAUGACU